AUGAAAAAGACAUCGGGCGAUGAUGGAAAAGGUCAAUUGUCAGACAACAAAUUUUUGUCUUCAAAAGCUCUUGGAAAGGCCAAUGCAAUGUCUUCCGGUAAGAGCUCCAUGAAUGGGAAGAACAGUGUCGGGUAUCACACACAAAUCUCUGAUAUUUUGAACAGGCAUAGCUCUGAAACAAGUUCUAUUUCUACUAAUUUAAAGCGAAACGAGAAUCUACACUGUUCUCAAGACCAAGAGGCUAUGGUACUCAUUUUUCCAAUGCCAGAGCUUUAUUCGCGGGCCAGAGCACAAAAGGAUGAAAUCCUGCUUCUUCGUGAACAAAUUGCAAAUGCCAGCAUUAAGGAAGUGCAGCUGUUGAAAGAAAAUUCUACAUUGGAAAGGAAGUUUGCUGAGUUGCGAAUGGCUCUAGAUGAGAAGCAAGGCGAAGUCAUAAGUUCUGCAUCAAAUGAAUUGGUACGUAGAAAAGGUGACCUCGAAGAAAAUAUAAGAUUGGCUCAUGAGUUGAAGGUUGCAGAGGAGGAGCGAUAUGUCUUCAUGUCUUCCAUACAGGGCUUAUUGGCUGAAUAUGGAGUUUGGCCUCGUGUUAACAAUGCCUCUACUCUUUCCAACAGUGUAAUGCACUUGCAUGAUCAACUGCAGUUGAAGAUUAGAACUUCACAUGCUUUGUUUGUCCUUCUGCUUAACCUGGUAGUCAAUCUACAAGAUCUUGUUAAGGCACCUUGCCUUUUGCCAGCCUCAACAAAAGGCGGUAUUGUCGACUACAAGAAGUUCAUCUAA